GUGAUGUCAUAGCAUAAGCAUACUCUUAAAGGUUUUACACUGAACUCCUUUUCAAGUAAUACGUUCACAGGUAUAGUUUUUACUGUAAAUUGUCCCUGUAAGAGAUCUUUGCCUUAUCCUAGUGAGAUAAAAAAAACAAUGACCUUUUACUCCUCCUGUGGUGCCCGGUAGGACAUUCUCUCCAGUAAUCCAUCCAUGCGGGGCAGAAUCAUGCCAUCCGAUAGUUUGUGUCAAGCAUUACGACUUGAUUAUUCGGAUCACCCGAUCCGCCUUACCCGUCAAAGGACAUCAAGUUAGUUUCUUGUCUCAUUGGAACAUUAUGGAUCCCCAAGGUAGCCUCGGUCCGUCAAUUGUCAUCCCUCCUUCGAGAACUCCGGCCGAAACGGCAUCAGUCUAUCCAUCCAAUAUGAUCUAUUCAAUCCGCGCUGCUCAGCGACUGGAUUCACGCGGCAAGCCGACUGUCAGGGUGACAGUUCGUACGGGGAAAGGAAAAUUCGUGGCCAUAGUUCCUUCUGGCGCCUCCAAGGGUGAUUACGAAGCUAUCGAACUUCGCGAUGGUGAUCCUGCAUGCUACGGCGGAAACGGCGUCACCAAAGCAGUCUACAACGUGGAGCAUGUGAUCGGACCGGCAUUGAUCGAGCAGAAGUUCGAUGUUCGAAGUGAUCUCGCCAAGAUCGACGCAUUCAUGAGAAAGCUUGACGGGACGAAGGACAAGAGUAAUCUGGGAGCAAAUGCUAUCUUAGGAGUUAGCAUGGCGUGUGCGAGAGCUGCGGCUGCUGCGAGGGACGAACCGUUGUAUGAAUUCCUACGACAGGAGACAGGUGCGACGCCCAAUGGAUACGUGCUUCCUGUGCCCUUUUUCAACGUUCUGAACGGCGGUGCGCAUUCUGGAAAUAGCAUGGCGUUCCAGGAGUUUAUGAUCGCUCCGGUUGGGGCCCAGUCCAUCACUCAAGCUGUCCAGAUUGGAAGCGAGGUGUAUCAAGAAUUGAAAAGCGUCAUUAAGAAGAAGUUUGGAAGUGCUGCAACUGGAAUUGGCGACGAGGGCGGCUUUGCUCCUCCAAUCCGUCACCCUACCGAGGCACUGGACCUCCUUGUGACAGCAGUCAAGAAUGCUGGAUACGAAGGGAAAGUGAAAUUUGGCAUCGAUCCUGCGGCGUCUGAGUUCUUCAGGAAAGAUGCCUACGACAUCGGGUUCAAGAGUGACCAGGCGGAGCCUCUGGGCAGAAAAGAGCUCAUCGACCUCUACCAUAGGCUCCUGAAGGAUUACCCGAUAGUUCUCCUGGAAGACCCUUUCGCGCAAGACGAUUGGGACAGUUGGAAGGAAUUCAACAAGACAUGUCCAGUUGAACUUGUUGGCGAUGACCUGCUGGCAACGAACAUCGAGCGUCUUGCUCUAGCAAAGGAGCACCAGGCGUGCAAUUCGAUGUUAUUGAAAAUUAACCAAAUCGGAACCAUCAGUGAGGCAAUUGCUGCCGCUCAAAAGGCAUACAGCUAUGGAUGGCGCGUUUUCGUCUCCCAUCGCUCUGGCGAGACGACCGAUGACUUUAUCGCCGAUCUUGCCGUUGGUGUCGGAGCCGGACAUCUCAAGUCUGGCAGUCCCUGCAGAGGCGAACGCGUCGUUAAGUAUAACCGCCUCAUGGACAUAGAGGACCAGAUCAUCUCCAAGAGAGGCGGCCACGUAUAUGCAGGAGAGAAGUUGAGUGCGUGAUGAGCUGAGGUUCAGCUUAAUGACGAACACAAUGUGCCAUUUAUAUCGGAAGUAUCAUGGUCGAUAUAGGGAUAAAAGAAUGACUCUACUCUGGUAAUAUGUUUAGUAACAGAUAAUUAAAAGCCAUCCAAACUACCUAAUUCACGG